AGCGCUGCCUGAUUGCACGCGUGUCCCGUUUGCCCGUUUUCGCAGACCGAGCGCUUUGGGGCGGCCGGAGCCGCACGUCUCCCUAGUCUAGGCCAUGUCUGGCUGUUACGCUUUGGAGGGUGACUGUGGCUCGCGGCGAGGCGGCGCGCAGGACAAGGACCAUCCCAGAUUCCUGAUUCCAGAACUUUGCAAACAGUUUUACCACUUGGGCUGGGUUACUGGGACUGGAGGAGGCAUAAGCUUGAAGAAUGGCAAUGAGAUCUACAUUGCCCCUUCAGGAGUGCAAAAGGAACGGAUUCAGCCAGAAGACUUGUUUGUCUGUGACAUCAAUGAGAAGGACUUAAGUGGGCCUCCAGCAUCUAAGAAGCUGCAAAAGAGCCAGUGCACCCCGCUGUUCAUGAAUGCCUACACAAUGAGAGGAGCAGGCGCAGUGAUUCACACGCACUCGAAGGCUGCUGUCAUGGCCACCCUUCUCUUUCCAGGACGGGAGUUUAAAAUUACACACCAGGAGAUGAUCAAAGGAAUAAGGAAAUGUACCUCUGGAGGGUGUUAUAGAUAUGAUGACAUGUUAGUGGUACCUAUUAUUGAGAACACCCCUGAGGAGAAAGACCUCAAAGAACGGAUGGCUCGGGCAAUGAAUGAGUACCCAGAUUCCUGUGCAGUAUUGGUCAGGCGCCACGGAGUGUAUGUGUGGGGAGAGACAUGGGAGAAGGCCAAAACUAUGUGUGAGUGCUACGACUAUUUGUUUGAUAUCGCUGUGUCAAUGAAGAAAGUAGGACUCGAUCCUGCGCAGCACCCAGCUGGUGAAAACGGAAUUGUGUGAACCAAAUGGGGAUAUAAUUCUCUACAAAGAUACAACUUCACUAGGAUUUAAGUGGAACUUGACUGUUUUUAAAUGAAGUGAAAAUUUCCACGGUGGCCUUAGUUUGUCACUACCACAGAUGGUCAUACUUAAUCUCUCCUGACAUUAAAUAUAUCCUGUAUUCUUA